AUGCCAAAGAUCAGAUCUUCGAGGACCAAGAAAGCUCCGGAGGGCUUCGACGAGAUUGAGCCAACUCUUCGGGAAUUUCAACAGAAAAUGAAAGAUGCUGAGAACGAUCCACACGAAGGCAAGAGAAAAAUAGAAGCACUGUGGCCCAUCUUCCGCCUUCAUCAUCAGCGAUCCCGAUAUGUGUAUGAGCUGUUCUACAAGCGCAGGGCGAUUUCAAAGGAGCUGUACGAGUACCUGCUGAAGCAAGGAUACGCAGAUGGAAACCUAAUUGCCAAGUGGAAGAAGGCGGGAUAUGAGAAGGUCUGCUGUUUGAGGUGCAUUCAACCCAAGGAUACGAACUUCGGCACAACAUGUGUGUGCAGAGUGCCUAGGGGCAAGCUCGAGGACGGCAAGGUUGUCGAAUGCAUACAUUGUGGAUGCAGAGGAUGCUCCACCCUAUCCACCAUCGCCUCCUAA